CUACUUUUCAUACAAAAUUUGUUUUUUUCCUCUUUGUCUCCAUUUAUUGAGAAGGUAGUUCACCCACCAUUGUUGACCUCUGCAAAAUCUUUAUAUAGUUCUAACAAAUUUAAUCAAACACCUAUCUUCUCCAUCAUUAAAGCUCAACAUUUCAAUAUUAUCCCAACAAAGCCAUUUAAUCAUCUUCAAGAUUCCAUUUUUUUGCAUUCAAAUUCUAGUAAAGGUAUGCUCGGGAAAGUUUUAGUUGUCUUGUUGGUUUCAGGUCUAGCAUGGGCGUUCCCAGCCCUCCUACCUCCACCUCCCAGAAUCUGUGGCUCUCCUGAUGGUCCAACAGUUACCGGACCUAGAAUCAAACUUAGGGACGGAAGACAUUUGGCUUACAAGGAGCAUGGUGUACCCAAAGACACGGCCAAAUAUAAGGUCGUAUAUGCACAUAGCUUUGGUUCUACCAGAUAUGAGUCAGCUAUUGCAUCCUUGGAAACACUCGAAGAAUUAGGGGCGUAUGUUGUCUCUUUUGAUAGACCUGGUUAUGGGGAAAGCGAUCCUCAUCCAAAACGAACCAUACAAACUACAGCUUUGGAUAUGGAAGAGCUUGCUGAUCAACUCGGACUUGGCCCAAAAUUUUAUGUUAUGGGGUUCUCCAUGGGUGGUCAUUCAGUUUGGGGUUGCCUUAAGUACAUCCCUAAUCGUUUAGCUGGAGCAGCUCUAGUUGCUCCCGUUGUCAAUUACUGGUGGCCGAGCUUUCCUGCUAAUUUAUCCACAGAAGAAUACAAUCUACAGCUCACACAGGAUCAAUGGGCACUUCGAGUUGCACAUUAUGCGCCGUGGCUAGUCUACUGGUGGAACACUCAGAAGUGGUUCCCAUACAAUAGUGUUUUAUCUGGAAAACUCAAAAUGUCUCCUCCAGAUUUAGAAGUUGUUUCCAGAUCUGAUAAGCAUGCAAACGAAACGCAAAAACUAAAGGAAUAUGCUGUAAAGCAAGGAGUAUUCGAGUCCCUUCACCGUGACAUGAUGGUAGGUUUUGGGAAAUGGGAUUUUGAUCCUAUGGAUCUUAAGAACCUUUUCCCAAAUGGUUCAGUCCACUUAUGGCAUGGUGAUGAAGACUGGGUUGUACCUGUUAUAUUACAGCGUUACGUCAUAGAAAAACUUCCAUGGAUAAACUACCAUGAAAUACCAAAUGUUGGACAUCUAGUUAUGCAUGAUCCAGCCAUGAAGGAGGCUAUCUGGAAGACAUUUUUGACAGUAGAGAAAGAACAAAUAGUGUAUUCUUAAACAGGAAAACUGAAAUUUACCUGUAAGCAAAAUCUUUCUAAAUUGUUCUGUUUUGAUUCCCAACUACAUAUUUUAAUCUUAUUGUAAGAAUUAUGUCCA